UAUUGAUGGAUCAAAUAACAAGUAAGGAGCUUAUGAAAAAGAUCAAUAUGCAAUUAAAAUCAGCAGUUACAGUUUAUGCAAAAAUACAAAUAGUGAAUUACUUACUCAAUUCCACUCCUGAGUUUAUAGACAUGUAAAAAAGGAGGCUAAUUUUAGGUUUGGAUAGACAGGCUCAAUGAAGAUGAUCACUUAAUAUUUAAAAGAAGCUUUGAAAUGCAUUUAGGCUAAUGAAGAACUAGUCGAUAAAAUAUUUAUGUUGUUGUUGAAAAUGAAUUUAAAUGAUGAAAUGCUUAAAGAAUCUGAGAUGGGACAGUUGUUAAUCAAAAUAAAAGAUAAAAGAUUAUUAGAAGAUUAAAGAGUAAGUGUGAAUGAUCAAAUUCUAUAAAAAUGGUUGAAAAUUAAGGCAAGAUAUAGGAGUACUUUGGAAGAGUUCAAAAAAAACAACAAUUAGAAGGAUAAAUAUGAAGAACGCAAAAAAAAAGUGAAAAGAAAUUUAUCAUCAAGUUCUAAUGAAUCAUCAAACAAAAAGAAAAAGAAUAAAAAGAAAAAUGUUCGGUAUGUUAUAAGCAUUCGAAAUUAUUAGAUUUGCAAGAGACGACAUCCUCAUGAAUUACAAGUUUUUUAAAAGAGACGAUGAACCUAAUCAAAGAGGAAUGUCCAUAGAGGAAGUGGUUGCCUUCCAAAAAUAAUAUGCGGGAGAACUAAGAAGAUUACAUCAAAUAAAUGGUUAUGAUAUAAAGCACAGGGAGUCAAUGAUGGAAGGACAAGAACAUAAAUUAUAAUUAGAUAACAUACAACAAAUGAUAGAAUAAAUUCCAUUUAUUAAACCUUUGAGUAAGUUAUUGAAUUUAUUAGAAUUGCGACAAACCUUUCUUAUUCCUUAUGACACCAAUUUCAAAGAGACCUAGAAACAAUAGAUGAGAACUGAGUCCAAAAUGUCAGCGUUCUAUAACAGAGACGUAAAUAUUUCUACAUACUUUAAUCUCUAGUAGAUUCCUGACUAACCUGGGUAUAAUGAAAUCUCUAAUACUUAAGGAGGAAUGCAAUUCAAAAUCAUUCAUUUGGAUCCGCCUAAGAGGGAAGACCUUAUGUUUAUGGUUCAAAUCAUCUGCGAUCGAGGUUUCACUGAACUAGAAGAAAAGCACAAGAAUGCUAACAAAAAAUAAAUCAAAGGCAUUUUGAAGAAACCUCAAGAGGAACAAUCCAAAUAAAAGGAUGUCAUGUUGAAUCAGGCUAAGCAGGAUCUCCAACCCAAGAUGCAACAAUUGGUUCAGAUGGUUGAGCAGAAACAAAACCAUAGCCAAGAAAGCAUUCGUAAGAAUAUUAAUUUAUUUAAGUCACUUUAUUACAUGAUAUUAUAUAAAAAUUAAAGGAAAUUGGUGAGGAAUAAUAUAUAAAAAAUUUUAAAUCAUUCCUUGAAACUAAGUUGAAUGACAAAUAAUCAAUUAUAACUGAAUAAGAACGCAUUAAAUCUCAAUAGGAAUAAUAGAGAACUCGAAUUGAACAAUUAUAAAGCAUUAAUCCUAUACAGGCUUAGAGAUUAAGAGCAUACAAAACCAAGCAUUGCCACAAUUUUCAUUCCCCAAUUGGAUGUACAAGAGGAGAUAAUUGUAAUUUCAUACAUGACUCUCGUUACCCAGGAAGACCUGCUCCAAUUCUUCAAUAACCCAAUUUCCUAAACAAAACCCUCUAUCCCUAGCCUUUUAUGUAACUAAAUAUCCCUCCUCUGCUCCAAUAGCUAAAUCCUGCCUUUCUGCUCGGAAGGCUAAAUAAGUACGAUAGUUUAUGA